CACAAGGAGACAUUUGAAGACUUCACUUUAGACUGUGAGAAACUGAAAUUAAUAUUUUAUAGACCUGAGCUGAAACAGUUGUAAUAAUCAAUUUAAGUCAUUUUUCAAGAAAGAAACUCCCAGUUUUCUGUUUUUCAUUGAUUUGAUUGACAGAAAAUCAAUAAUCUUUCAACUAUUUUAAUAAUGAAAUCAUUGUCACAACAUUCACUGGUUCCAGCCUCAGAUGUGAAGAUUUAACACAAAUAUGACCUGAUGUCAAAUAAACAAGUCAUUUGAAUGCACCACAGCAAAACAUGACACGUUAUCGAUCAAUCAAUUAAUUAAUCAAUCAAAAGAAAAUGUUCAGAUCAUUAAUCAAUGACUCUCAGUAGCUGCAGCUCUGACAUCAGUGGUUGUUUUCAGUCUAUUUCCAGGCUGUGAUCCAGCUCCAUAGUUUGCAGUGAACCCAGCAGAAUCCAGUUCCGUGUUUUCCAUCCUCCUCCUCCCCGAGGUCACAGUGUGGAGGACAGGAAGUCAGAUGUUGGAGUGUUUCACAGUGAAUCCUCAGCUGCUGUCUGGACCAUGAGCAGCAGACUGUGGAGGAGACUCCAGCAGGAGCUGAACCAGGCGUCUGCAGCCUCCCCAGGCUCCUGGACCUGGACCUGGAUCUCCUCCUCCUCCUCCUGCUGCAGACCCAGAGCCGGGCUGAGGUCUGAACCCUGCAGAGGACUGUCAGGGUCGAGCAGAGGGACCAUGAACGUGUUCAACAGGGAGAUGAAGAAGAGGCAGAAGAACUGGGCGGCGUCGCUGCAGGACGGACACCAGUACGACUACCUGAGGGAUGAGGUCGGCGGUCGAGUGGCUGAUCGGGUUUAUGACAUCGCGAGGACCUUUCCUCUGGCGUUGGACAUCGGCGGUGGAAAAAGUCACAUCGCGGAGCAUUUAAGCAAAGACGUUGUGGAGCGUUUGUUCCUGACCGACAUCUCAGAGUCGACUCUGAAACAGAGACGACAGACUGAGAUCCCGACUCACUGCAUCCUGGCCGAUGAGGAGUUUCUGCCGUUUAAAGAAAACACCUUCGACCUGGUGAUGAGCAGCCUGAGCCUGCACUGGAUAAACGACCUGCCUGGUGCCCUCCGACAGAUCCACCAGGUACUGAAGCCGGAUGGGGUGUUCAUCGGGGCGAUGGUGGGCGGGGAGACGCUGUACGAGCUCAGGUGUUCGCUCCAGCUCGCCGAGACCGAGAGGGAGGGAGGAUUCUCCCCCCACGUCUCCCCCUACACUGCCGUCACCGACCUGGGCAACCUGCUGGGCCAGGCCGGCUUCAACAUGCUGACCGUGGAUAUCGACGACGUUCAGGUUCAUUAUCCAGGAAUCAUUGAAGUCAUGACGGAUUUACAAGGAAUGGGUGAGAGUAACUGUGCUUGGAACAGGAGGUCGAUGCUGCACAGAGACACCAUUUUGGCUGCAGCAGCUAUUUAUAAAGAGAUGUACGGUAACGAGGACGGGUCCGUUCCCGCCACCUUUGAGAUCCUCUACAUGAUUGGCUGGAAGCCUCACGAGUCACAGGCCAAACCAGCGAAGCGAGGCUCAGCCACCGCUUCUUUCGGGGAGUUGUCAAAGAUCAGUCGACCAAACAACACAGAUAAAUCAUAGAUUUGUUUGAGCUGCUGCAGACUGUAAAUAGUAGAUGUUUAAAUAAAUCUAUGUUUUGUAGCUGAGUUUAAUUUAACUGUUAUGUUGCAAUUUCCUCUGCAAUAAAGUUGAGCAAUGAAAACA